UCUCCAUGGUGACCGCAACCCGGUUACCCAAUUGGCCUUCAAGGCUGGGGUUGCGUCAUUGUCUACGAGCCGGAAGCGACCUUUCCAGACCUUGUUCGUGGUUACAAGGCCGGGUCCGGGCCGGCGCCCGCGAAGUUAGAGCAGCCUGGGUAGUGUUAGACUGCAGGGGCGUAAGCCCUUCGCCGGCUCCAGUGACCAUGGCGGUGUUUCACGACGAGGUGGAGAUCGAGGACUUCCAGUAUGACGAGGACUCAGAGACAUAUUUCUACCCCUGUCCGUGCGGCGACAACUUCUCCAUCACCAAGGAAGAUCUGGAGAAUGGGGAAGACGUGGCAACGUGUCCUAGCUGCUCUCUCAUUAUAAAAGUGAUCUAUGACAAAGAUCAGUUUAUGUGUGGAGAAACAGUCCCAGCCCCUUCAACCAACAAAGAAUUAGUUAAAUGCUGAAGAAACCUCAAGAAUCCAAAUCCUAAACAGUUGGGGACGAGCCAAGGUGGAAGCAUCACGUGUGAGUUACCAGCUCCUCCACGCAGACAGCUGCCUUCUGGCUUACUGCUCCAUGAGAGCAUGACUCUUUUCCCCAGCUGCGGAGUUCGCCACACCAGGAUUUCAUGCUUAGAACUUUGAAUUGAAAAGAUUCUUAAUUAUCCAUCUGAAUUUAAAGGAAGGUAAUUUUAAAUCAGUGCUUUCUCUCACUUCGUUUCAUCAUAUUUAUGUCUGAAACCUAAUUCAGUAUCUGUAAUAGCAACAUCUACCUCAGUAUUAGGGUUCCUUAAUUUAAAAUAUUAUAUUUUUGACUUAGUCAUUAAAAUGAUUAAAAUUGUUCCUUUCUUUGAAAUUUGACAUCAGCUUUGUUCUAACUCAUAAGAAAAAUUUGUUGUUUUGUCGGUUCUGCUCUUCCAGUUCCCUCACCAAGCCCUCCACCAUCUUGCCAUCCCUGGAAUGUUCUUGCUUUGUGUACACGCCAUUUUUGUUACAUUUCAUGCACACAGUGUAGUUGUCCUGUUAAAGAGACAUGAUAGGCCACAAUUCUCCCUAGUUAGGAGUUAGUGAGUAAGGAAGAACAGUCUAAACUGCAUUGGCCAAAGAAAUGGGAGUCCCUUCUACUCUGCAUAUUUCUUGAAAGUCAGAACAAGGUAAAAAGAAAAACAGUCAAAGGAAAUGAAAUUGGUAAAAAUGAGGAGUAAAAAGUGCCAGCUUAGUAAAUGAAAUACUUGAUGUCAGAACAAAAAUUUUUGAGCGAAAAAAGGGGAGUUUUUUUGAGACAGGGUCUCACUAUGUAGCCCAGGCUGGCCUCAAAUUUAACUAUCUUUCUGCCUCCGCGUCCUGAGUGCUGGGUUGACAGCUAGCUACUUGUUUUUUGAUGAGACUGAGGAAAUUGCCUUUCAUAUAGGGGUUAAUGCCAAGUCCUCAUGGCUGGUGGCAGUGCUUGCAGCGUGUCACAGCCUUGUGUCACCAUCCCUAAGAGGUAAAGCAUCUACAACGGAGAAUAGUGUUGACUGUGGAGGUCCACUCUGAACAAAUAUGCCCAUGAGGGCACAUAUAAUAAGCCUCCAUAGUGUGCAAGCAAAUCAGACAUGCAUUUCUGCUAAGAAACGUUGCUCUGGAGAAAGAAAAAUACAUAAACUGGGCUAGUAGUCUUCCCUUGCUGCAGUGCUGAGAGAAGCAAGAAAUCACUUACAUGGACAUCUGAAAAUUCCUUUAUAAACAGAAUUUUGCUGUGUAUAUAUACAGUUUUGAAAAAGGCACUGAUACCUAGUAUGUUGUUCCUGCAAUUAGAAAAUAACUUGCUAAAAUAUGAAUGUUCUAUUCCUGAUUGAUAAGUGUGCUGCACUCACUUGAAGGUUUAAAGUCAAACAUGUACAUGUUU